AUGAUCAUACAUAAAUUACUAUCUAUCUAUCUAUCUAUCUAUCUAUCUAUCUAUCUAUCUCAGUCUGUUCAUAUCUAUCUAUCUAUCUAUCUAUCUAUCUAUCUAUCUAUCUGUUUAGAAAAAGCAAGGAUAAUAACAAAUAAAAAUAAUGCUUAUUUCUCUCUUUCUUUCCAUUCAUCUAUCUCUCUUUUAAUCUUUCUCUCUCUCUCUUUCCCUCUCUCUUUCUUUUCUUCUCUUCAUCUGUCUCUCUUUCCCUUUCCUUUCUAUCAUCUCUCUUUCUCUCUUUUUCCUUCCAUUCAUCUAUCUCUCUUUCCUUCUCUUCAUCUGUCUUUCUCUCUCACUUUCCUUCUCUUCAUAUCUCUUUCUUUCUCUUUCCUUGUCUCUCUCUUUCAUUUCUUUCAUCUCUCUCUCUCUCUUAUUCUUUCCUUUCCUUCAUUUCUCUCUUUCUUUUCUUUCCAUUCAUCUCUUUUUUUCUUCCUUUCAUCUCUCUCUCUUUCUGUCUGUAUGUCUCUCUCUCUCUUUUCCUUCCCUUCAUCUUUCUUUAAUCAUGAUUCACUUUCUAUUAUAACGAUUUCUUUCUUUCUUUCUUUUAUAACCAUUUCCCAUUCUUUCUUUCUUUCUUUCUUUCUUUCUUUCUUUCUUUCUUUCUUUUAUAACCAUUUCCCAUUCUUUCUUUCUUUCUUUUAUAACCAUUUCCCAUUCUUUCUUUCUUUCUUUCUAUCUUUCUUUCUUUUUUUCUGUCUUUUAUAA